AGUUAUUGGCUAUAGUGUUUGAUCCAGUCCAAUUAGAAAAUCACGUGCCAAGAUCUGGAAUAACCUAAGCCCAUUUCCUCCAUCUCUCUGAUCUCAUCUCUCAGCCAGACGGUCGUACGCUACAUUGCUCUCUCCAUUUCCAUCUCCUUAGACCGGACGUAUUCUACACCACGCGGUUUGUCUAAUACCCUGAGAUGCCGCCACGACAGAAGCACACUAGAGGUGGAGGUGCCGGCUCUAGCCGAGGCAACACUGGCCGGUACCAACCGAGGUUCCCGCAACUGUGGGACGAGCUGAAGUAUACGGAGCUGCUGCAGAAGGACAUGGGCACAUUUUACUUUCCGGAUGAGGACUCACUCACGGCAGCUAGAGUGAGAGAUGAGGUGAUGUACCUCCUGAGACGGGGGUGGUGGAGGCACCUGUUUUUUGGGAUCCGUGACUUGACCUAUAGAGAGAUUACCUGUGAGGUGCUGGCGACGUUCAAAAUGCCGAAGACCAUACCUAUUGAUGACAACACUCGGCCUGUCAUCAGAUUCAGAGCUUUUGAGGAGGACCAUGGCUGGUAUGCUGUAUAACUUGGGCUUCACGGGGAUCGAGGACAACGGCCAGCACGAGGUCGUCUUGACAGACUUUCCACCAGGCGUCGACCGCCAGGCAUUUUGGGAGUCGAUCACGAGAGAUGGCGGGACAUACAGGCCGAAGAUGUCCCCUAGCACCCUACUUUACCCCCGCCAGUACCGCAUUAUUCACACCCUUCUGUCUUCCACCAUCACCGGCAAGGCCGAGGUUGCCGGUAAGGUCACGCAGACUGACCUCUUCUGCUUGUAUUGUAUGAUCCACAACCGCAAGCCCCACAUGGGCUAUCUCCUCGCCAAGCUACUUCACCGCCAGGCCACGAACCAUAUCAAGGCCAUCUUUGCUGGCCCAUUCAUUACGAGGAUGUUGACGAGGAUGGGGUUCGGGGACCGAUUUCUGAGGAUGGAGGAGAGCUCCAGUUUUGUUGCUUUGACCCGGCUCCCCGAGGUCAACACUGGCGUGGCGAGGAGGACGCAGCCGACAGCAGCAGCAGGAGGAGGAGGCCAGCGAGCUGAGGAUGAUGAUGAUGAUGAUGUGGAUAUGAAGGCGGCUGCUCACGAGAUCCCAUACGAUGCACCCCCCUACGGCACCGCUUUUCCUGAUUCUUGGACGGGGAUGCAUGCGCAUCAGGAUGCUGUGUAUCGGCAGUUGUCCGUUGAGCAGCAUGAGAGGUUUGAUCAGAUGCGCUUUGAGCAGCAGGACUUCUACAGAGAGGUGAGGGAGGACCAGGCGCUACAUUACACACAGCUCCAGUCUCAGUACACCCAGAUUGAUGAGCGACUCACUUCUAUGGAGACUAGCUGGAGUUCGUUCUUUGAUGCCUAUCCACUGCCACCCCCUCCCGAGUAUUAGAUUUCAUUAGAUUGUCCUUUGCUAGCAUCUGUAUCAUUAUAUUGUUGGAUGACUGUACCAUAAACACCAUCACACUCCCACUCUCACUUUUUCACUUAACUCUUUAUAUUGUGCUUUGCUUUGUGUUCA